AUGGUGAACACAGGUCAUCCAAGCCGAGCUUGCAAGCUUUGUCGGGUGAGAAGAGUGAAGUGCGACGAAACCAGACCGCAUUGUCUGAAGUGCAAAAAGGCGAAGAGAGAAUGCCCGGGCUAUAGAGAUCCAUUCGAGAUCAAUCUUCGUGAUGAGACGCAAAGCACCAUUCGAAGGGCUAAAGCAGCAGCGGAGGCACAGAGCGGGACUCGAGGGGCUCGCACCAGACGGAAGGGAACAGCUGCGAGACACCCGAGCUCGCCUCCAGUGCUACCGGGCUUACAGACACCACUUGAUGAACAGGCAACAUGCUUUUUUCUUUCCAACUUCGUUCUAUGUCCCUCAUCCGUUCAAGAUUCCUGUCUAUUUAACUUCGUUUUGAAGAUUCUUGAAUGGGAUAACCUCAAAGACACACCGUUUCCCAUGGCCUUCACCGCCGUCUCGAUAGCAUCUUUGGCAGGGCGACCAAAUUCCAGGCAUUUGUUUCCGAGAUCCCGCAUAUACUAUAGCACCGCCUUGGUGCAGCUCCAGGAGGCCAUCAAAGACAAGGACAGAGCUAAGAAGGAUACUUCCCUUGCAGCAGCGAUCCUGCUGUCCUUUUAUGAGGGCCUUACAUGUGAUGACGGUGAUAUGAAGGGUUGGUCGAAUCACCUGGAUGGAGCCAAGGCUCUCCUUCGCAUCCGAGGCAAGGAUGUGGUACAAAACAGUUCACCCGAAGGUCUUGAGAUGUUCCAGCUAGUACGAUCAAUGACGUACAUGUUCGGAUUUGUGGCGAACCCAGCACCAGGCGAGGUAGAGUGGUGGGGCCAACAUUUGAUCAGAAACAAAUCAGGCCACAUCGCUCUCAUGCUAAACAUGAAAGCCACACUGAUCCGCGCCGAGGCUGAUGCACUUCUGACUACGUCGGGGCCCAAGACUGCCGAAAAGAUCAACAAGGCCGUGGAUCUCCUCGGUCGUGCGCGCGAGAUCGUCGUCGAGCUUGGUCGCUGGCUUGCAGACUGUCACGAGACCUGGCCCAAGUCUGUCUCUGGCUGGGCCGCCGACGUGGACGACGACGAGCUUGAGAAAGCAGCCACGUUUCCCGGCCCGGUCUGCACAUUCCCAGACGUCUGGGUCGCCGGCAAGCAUCUCAAUAUCAACGCCUCUAGGAUCAUGCUGUCUGGCAUCAUGGUUCGAUGUAUGCAGUGGAUUCACGCGCCAGCCGACCAUACGCAGACCGCUGACUACGUGGAGACGAUGCGUGUUGGCUGCGAAGAGGUUUCAAAUGUGAUUUCGAGCGUGCCGUAUUUCGUCAACUGGACGGGGGACAAGGCCACAAUUGCCAAUUUCCCCUGUGGCGCGCCGACAACUCCCAAAGCCUACAGUGCAGUCACCGCAUUGUACCCUCUUCUCUGUACCGGCCUCAGCAUGUUUGCGACGGCAAGACAGAAGAGGUGGCUUUGCAGCCGGCUCAUGUUCAUGUCAGAGACGAUGGGGAUCAAACAGGCA